CAGGCGCGCGCGGGAGGAGUCGGUGAGGAUUUUCCCGCUGCUCACCGAAUCGCAUCCUCCGGUUUUCUCCUCCUCCGGUGACAGCUCGAGCUGCAUCCUAAAACACACACACACACACACUGGUGCAGUCCCGUCACGUCCUCGCGCUCCCAUCCGCCUCAGCGCGAGCAGAGCAAUGCAUCUGACGGGAACGCGCGCGCGGCUCAACCGGAGCGACAUGCACAAGAUCAGCGACCAGGUGCUGUAAAGGAGCUUCUGAUGUUGUCCACGUACGGAGGAACGAUGCUGUGGAUCGUCCUUCUAAGCAGCGUCAGUGUCGUUCUCGUCCGGACGACUCCCAUCCCUCUGUUGGAUGAAUCGGAGGAAAUCGACGAACCUUGCUUCCAUCCAUGCUACUGCGAGUUGAAAGAGGGCCUGUUCCAUGUCCACUGCGAUGGCAAAGGUUUCACCAACAUUAGCCAGGUGGCCCAGUCCUGGAUCAGACCUUUCAAGCUGUACCUGCAGAAGAACACGCUGCGCAAGCUGUACUUUAACAGCUUCCUGCACCUGAACAACGCCAUUGCCGUGAACUUGGGCAACAAUGCGUUGCAAGACAUCCAAGCCGGUGCAUUUAAUGGACUGAGCUCUUUGAAGAGGCUUUAUCUCCACGAGAACAAGCUGGAGGUGUUCCGCAAUGACACGUUCCUUGGCCUGGAGAGCCUGGAAUACCUGCAGGCUGACUACAAUGUCAUCAGGCGGAUCGAGAGCGGCGCUUUUAGACACCUCCACAAACUUCGGGUGCUGAUCCUCAAUGAUAACCUGAUACCUGCUUUACCUCCGUUCCUCUUCAGAUCCAUUUCCCUUACACACCUGGACCUGAGAGGAAACCGCCUCAAGAGCCUGAGCUACCGAGGAGCCCUGGAGUACAUUGGGAGAAACCUGAUGGAGAUUCAGCUGGAGGAGAACCCCUGGAACUGCGCUUGUGAUAUUGUCCAGCUGCGGGCCUGGCUGGAUAGAAUACCAUACACAUCUGUGGUGGGUGAGAUCACCUGCGAGUACCCCUUUCACCUGCAUGGGAAAGACCUGCGAGAGAUCAAGCGGCGUGAGCUCUGCCCGAACCUGACUGAUGCCGAGAUUGAGGCUAGUCUGGGAAUCCCUCAUUCGUUAGGAAGAGCGAGACCAACCAAGCCUUCGUCUAUGUUCUCUGCAAACCAGAAUACAGUGUCAUCUGUUGAACAGAAGAAUGUGAAACCGACGCGAAGGCCAAGGCCAUCAAAAACCCCGCCCACUCCUCGCAGCAUGUAUCCAAACCACCCGCCGAUCGCCGGGUACGAAACAAGGCCACCCAUCCCCAUCAUCUGCCCCAUUGGCUGCACCUGCAACUUGCACAUCAACGAUCUUGGCUUGACCGUGAAUUGCAAGGAAAACGGCUUUCACAACGUUUCUGAGCUAACGCCACGACCGCUAAAUGCAAAGAAGCUCUACCUGAGUGGGAAUCUGAUUCAAAGGAUACACAGGUCUGACUUUUGGAAUUUUUCCAGUCUGGAUUUAUUGCACUUGGGAAAUAAUAAAAUAUUUUACAUUCAGGAAGGGGCAUUUGGCAACUUACCUAAUUUACGCAGCCUGUACCUAAACGGGAAUAACAUCGAGAAGCUAAUGGCGGACAUGUUCUAUGGCCUGCAAAACCUUCACUACCUGUAUUUUGAAUAUAACGAAAUAAAGGAAGUUCAGCCGGCAGCGUUUAGCCCGAUGCCUGCGCUUCAACUUUUGUUUCUUAAUAACAAUCUUCUACAUUCACUUCCUAUAGGCACUUUUGAAGGAACUUCGCUUGCUCGGCUCAACCUGCGCAACAACUACUUCCCUCAUCUGCCUGUGGGUGGGGUUUUGGAGCACCUACAUGCUGUGGUGCAAAUCGACCUGAAUCAGAACCCCUGGGACUGUGCGUGCGACAUUGUUCCAUUAAAACAGUGGCUGGAGACAUUGAGCUCUGUGGUUAUAGUUGGCGAGGUGCUAUGUAAAACUCCGGAUGCCAUGCUGGGAAAAGAUUUGCGCUCUGUGACCCCGGAGGGGAUUUGCCCCGAACUUUUACAACCGUCCUUGUCCCCGGAUGAACAUGAGAUGGAGUUUUCUCCCUCGUUCCCUCCUAAAGCUGUCAUUCCUCUUUCCGUGCUCGUCCUAAGCCUCGUCGUUCUGCUAGUCUCGUCAUUCUUUGCCGCGGCUGCACUUUGCACGUUCGUCAUGAAAAAGCGUGACAAGCUUCCUUUUAGAAAGCAGGAAGAGGCGGGGCUAACUGGAAUUCAGAUGGAGUGUGGAAUAUUCACAGAAACUCCACCGACACUGCCUGAAACUCCACCCUCUAAUCACGUCUAUGAGUGCAUCAGUGUGCCGUCUUCACAAUGUGCGGCUUAUGAGCGGGGGCGAGAUGGGGCGGAACCUAUAGGGCUUUGCAAGGAGGAGGCAGGGCCGAUGGAGUGCAAGUUGGAAGGGGCUGAUUGCGGAGAGAGCAGCUCCAAUUACAGGACGGCGCUGGAAAAAGAGGAGGAGUGGACAACUAUAGUAAGCCAUGCUCCGAUCAACACCGUAACGGAUAUCGCUGGUUUCCACGGGAACGGGAUACUCUGUCCGACUGUGAUUGACAGCCAAGGCCCGACUCCUAAAGUGGGAUUGGUACACAGCCUUUUCGGGACCAGUUCCUGGUUAGGGGACAUCAGUCCAAAGCAAGCGGUCACAACGGACAUAGAGCCGAGGACAGACUGCGCUAAUCAAACCGCAAGCGGUUACCCCAACCUCAGCGCGAGACUGAAAACCAAAAUGGAUUACGUCGAGGCCCUGGAGAGGUCGUAUCAGUUUUAAAACGUUUAUGACAAAAUAAGAGUCUUAACUUUCCCGUCAACUUUCUUCCAGGAUCGAAUAAAGACUGAACACCGUGUUGCUCUGGAGGAAAUCCGCAUACUCGGAGUUUUAUAACAAGUGCCUUCACGAGAGCAGCCAGCAACCAUGUAAAGAUAAUUAUUUUUAUACAACUACAGUUUAUUUAUCUAAAACACAGAUUUAGAGCAAAUGGACAAAUCUGCAAAAGGAAGGAAUGAUGCGUCUAAACCACAGAUCUCCAUAUUAGACACCUACGUAGCUGAUGACAUCAUUACAUACGCCAUGGCGCGAUGAGGAAUUUGAAAGGAGCGUUCACAAGUAGUCGAUGUGUAAUGUAAAAGACUCAGGAGACAUUCUUAAACAGGUUUAUGCGCAAAAACAUGAAAACAGCAGGCGUGCCACGAAACAACGUUCACGCUAAAGACGUGUACGUCAUGUAACAAUCGUGAGGUGUCCCUGACCUUCCCAUGUGUUUAUGGAGGGCUAGACCGUGAGGUAAAUAGCAGCUGAGAACGGUGUUGAGUCUCUCAGUGUUCGGUUGCGGUUCUGGUAGAGCAUUCAGGUGUAGAGGUGGAUCGUCAUGUUAUGAAUAAUGAUGUCACAAUCGUGUAUUUUUAGAUGUGUACGUCAUGAAAGUAUUUUUUCCUUUUUUUUUACUGAGUAAAAUGUGUUUUGUUUUAAAGCAUAUUUACAAAAAGUUUUAUAUUAACGAAGCAGAUUUUAACAAAACAAAAACUUUAGCAGUAAAUAAUGAACUCGUUGCACUGUUACUGUAGUAUCCUAUAAUGUUUAACGUCAUCCGGCGCGACGUCGCGUGCAAACACAAUGACGUCGACAAAAAUAUACCCGCUACGAGCACGCAGCAUAGUUUUUUAUUUUAAAAUUAUAUAAUUGUGUUAAUUUUGCAUGAAAUACUGUGAACUAUAAUACGCUGGGAUUUAACGCCGUUGUUUGUACUUGCGGUUGUUUUAUUGCACUAACAGUAGCCGAACUACAUCACGCGUAACGACCCGACGCACUCUCAUUUAUCUAUAUUUAUAUUUUAAAAAUUGAACAUUUAGCUACUUUAGACACAAAGCUUCUAGAAUAGCUGGAAGAAAGCAUAGUUAGCAUUUCCUUAAUUAGCUAGCACACUAACAUACCCCAAUAUGCUCGAGAUGUAAAUAUUUAUUUCAGAAUGCUUGUCGAGGAUGCAUGAAUGUUUAAUUGUUAACAUUACUUCAAACAAAACUUCCAGUCUUCCAUAUCUUGCUGCUAAGAAAUAUACCUUCUGCUACCAGUAGCUUGUAAGCCGUCAUGCUAAUCAAGUAAAAAAAUGUCAGUGGCUAUCAAAAAAAAGAAAAACUCAAGAUUCUUUUAGAAUCUAAAAAAAUAUAUAUAUUUACUUAAAUGAUUAGGAAAGUGCUACCACUAGCUAGCAGAAAAAUGUCAGCAAAAACUGCCCAAAAUAAAGCUAAAUAUGGUUAAAAAUAGCUUACUUAUGUUAGAAAGUUUACACAAACAAAACUUAGCUAGUUAAAAAUGACUAUCAGUGUAACCCCCCCAAACACAAAUUUUAUGUAAUAAAUAAAGGCAGCUAGUUUUAAAACAUAGCGUCAAACUAGUUUGAUAACAACAAUUCCUGGAACAAAAUAAAAAAAAAAAAUGAAAUAACUUGGAACAAAUAUAAACACUGCAUAUUAAUAUUAUUUCCUCAACAAACCUAACUAAAGUUACCCACAAGCUAGCUAGCUAAAAUCAGAGAAAAUUCCUUAAAUUAAAGCAAGCUAUCGUAAAAGAAUUUGUGAAAAUCCACAAACCAAUAUUGCUAGCUAGCUAACAUCAGAAAAACAUUCCCAAAGAACAGGUAGCUAAUGUUAAAAAAAAAAAAAGUUAAAAACUGGCUAGCUAAUGUUGGCAAAUUUUUGUGGGCUGUACCCAAAGAAACGGUAGCAUGCUAGUUUAAGGGUUUCGGUAUCAGUAGAGCGCCCUCUCUCCCCCGGGCACUAAUAUGGACAUCUGUGGUAUGAAGCCUGGCUUUUUUCUGUGGAUUCCUUUCGUUCUUGCUUUUUUUCUUUUUUGUGAUUAGCAAAAUUUUAGCGGCGGAGUGAAACUGUACAGCGUUUUUAUUCAGCAUUUAACCUGCUCACAGCGACGGACGGCGCAGAGGCCAGACGCGCGGUUUAUAAUCAUCCAUCUGCGUGCAGGACGUGUGCUUAUAUUUAUUCUUCUAUUUCAGUGUUAUUAAUUAUUAAUUAUUAUUAAUUAUUAUUCCUGUACAUCAUGUUUAAUUAAUCAGUGUACGAUGAUUCUGCCUCUCGUUUAGCCUGAACUGAAUAAAGGAGGA